CAGUUCCUCCAGUAACGAGGCCUUCUGGUCCAGGUUUUAGGAGCUCAUGUUAGGAGUCGGGACGCAUUUGCGACAAUCCCUUUCUCCGCAUGGCGCUCCAUCUCGUCCCCUUGCGUAUCACUUGUCCGACGUGUCUCAUCUCCGUCGUCCGCCACGUCAGCGCACUGCCGAAUCGACCGCACUCAGCAGUCCCGUUGAAGCUUCCUUGCCGCCGCAGGAUUUGUUCGAAGAGUAGCACCUCAGGUCAUUCGAGGGCAAUAGUUGCCUUAUUCCCUAAUCUGAGCGAUAGUAACGUCUCCCAUAAACUUCCUGGCAACGACAAGACAUUUCCAAGAGUACACAAUGGGAAUGGUAGGGCCUUAUUGGAACGUCCCGAGGGGUUCAAGCAGAACGAGCAAGCUACACAACGCAAUCCACAGGAAUCUGCCGUUGAUCCUGAGCAUCCGCCUGAUGGGAUAAAUCUGACGGCUGGGGAUGAACCGCGGGAAUGGGUGGGCCUGGCGGCAUGGCGAACCGCGGCAAUCCGCACAGACACCUUCUGGGGACCUAAGGGUUCUUGUGACCCCCCACCCGGGAUUAAUAAUAAUAAUAAUAAUAAUAAUAAUACGCACAAUGAAGCGGCUGAAGCGGGAGGCGUCAGUCACGCUGCCACGUGGGAUCGGGUCGAGCUUCCUGCCACGCUGGCGGAAUGCGGGCGAAUGGUGCUGGAAUCUCCCGAUCCGCGGUUUAAGAUCGCCGUCACGCACGCCGCGCACCGCUCGCUCGGUGCGGGUGCGCCGGCGGUAGGCGCGGCGGCUGCGGUAGGCGUGCCAGUAGGCGCGGCGGCUGCCCCGUCAAAGCCUGCGCGGCCGGCAAGACCAGAGCUGGUGCAUCCCCGUGCCAUCCCCAAGCCCGGUCCCUCCUCCCCCCUGCCCUGGCCCGCACACAUGCUGCACAAUCUAGCCCACGUGGAGUUGAACGCUAUUGACCUGGCAUGGGAUACCGUUGUCAGGUUCUCACUGCUGGCGGGGGAGGAGGAGAGGGGGAAAGGGGAGGGGGAGAGGGGGAAAGUGACCCCGGACUGGAAGCUUCCACGUCAGUUCUUCUUGGAUUUUGUACACGUGGCAGAUGAUGAGAGUAGACACCUGGCAUGGUGCUUGCAGCGACUGGAGGAGAUGGGGUUCAGCUAUGGUGACAUGCCAGCGCACAACCUCCUCUGGAAGGACUGCGAGAAAUCGGCCAAUCACGUGCAAGACAGGCUGGCAGUCAUUCCAAUGGUGCAGGAAGCAAGGGGACUAGACGCAGGCCCAAGGCUGGUGGAGAGGUUGAUAGGGCUGGGCGACACCAGGAGUGCAGCAGUGGUGGCGAAGAUAGCCCAGGAGGAGGUGGCGCACGUGGCAGUGGGGGUGGCGUGGUUUGUCUGGGUGUGCGAGCGCAUGGGGGUGGACCCACACCUGUCCUUCACGACUGUGAUCCAAGCCCUGUGUGCCGACGGGGUGAAGGGUCCCUUCAACCAUGCAGCUCGUGCCACAGCCGGCCUGCCACGCCAUUGGUACGACCCCCCAGCACCGCCCACUGCUGCUGCCCUGCUCGAUACAGUCACAUCCGGCACUGCUGCCACUGUCACGCCUGCUUCAGUCACACCUGCCGCGGCCACAUCAGCUCAUGCCUCGUCCACAUCAGCUCAUGCCUCGUCUGCAAGAUCAUCUAGUGGAGGGACAAAGCAGGGGGGUAGAUUGAUGGUGGAUAGACAGGCCAAGAAGCAGCAAGAGGUGGGCAAAAAAUGGAGAAAGCUUAUGAGCGGGCAGGUGAAUCGGGCAGCCCGGGAAAAGAUGCGGGAUCAACUGCAGAGGAAGGCGUCUCGCAUCGAGGCCCACAUCCAACGGUGCCAGAUGCUCCUCCAAUCAGACUCUGCCACGUCAUCACCCUCCUCCUCUCCUUCCUCCUCCUCCUCCACUUCCCCAUCUUCUUCCACAUAUCCCUCCGAGGAAAGCUGUCACGCUUCUCCCUCGAAUCCCCCAUGCGCUUCCCAAGAGCCGCUUUCUGCAAAAGUUACAGAGGGGGUCUCAGCGUCACAUCCCCCUUACAAGCUGUCUCGCCAAGUGAAGCAGGACUUGCAGGCCCAGCACAGCCACUCCCAGGAGCAGCUUAAAGAGGUGCACCGGCGCUUGGCCUUGCUCAUCUCGUUUGAGGACCACAGAGUGUAAUGAAUGAGUCUGUUUUUUAGUCGACUCUCAAAACACAAACUCAUUACACACGGUGCACCAGCGCCCGCCUGGCCUUGCUCUCAUCUUAUUUGAGGGCCAUUGAAAUUCAGCUGCUUAACCUUUUGAAGAAUUUGAACUUGUGUUGUUCUCCUGCAAUUCAAACUAUCCCUUGUAGUUGCCGUG